AUGGAUUCUGAUGUUUCUUUUUGUUUUGAAGAAUCUUCAAAUGCGAAUGUAGUAAAUAAUUCUGAAAAAGAUUCUCUUUCUUUCAAUAUAUUAAAAACAAGAACGGAUCUUAUUACAGUUAAUAUUAAUAAAGGGAAUGAUGACACUGCAAGUCAUACAUCUUAUAAGUUGAAUUCUGAACGAUGGGAUGCAUUGCGUACGAAUGUUUCAUUACCUGAGCAGAAGUCAAAGUUUAAGGAUAAAAAGUUAAAUAAGUUGUUUUUUUUAUCAAAAAGUGCAAAAAAUUGUUCAAAAAAUAUUACUGAAAAUAAGGAUUCCAAUUCUAGUUUUCAAAAAAAUGGAAAAAAACAUACUGGAAUAUCGAUACGAUUAGAAAAUAGUGAUUCCUUACGUUCUUUCAUAUGUUUAAAAUAUAUUAAAGUGAAAACUAAUAAUAAGUUUGAAUAUAAUUCCAAUAAGCUUUUUCUUGCUCAGGAGCUUUAUAAAUCAUCGUUAUUUAAAGAUUUAAAUCAGAAAAAAUCUUAUUAUUUUUCUGAAUCACAAUCUUCAGAAGUGCCUGUAGGAGUUCCAUUUCAUAAAUCAGGUGCUAUUUGGGCUAUGAAGUUUAGUCGAGAUGGAAAGUAUUUAGCUACAGGUGGUCAAGAUACUAUUUUAAGAGUUUGGAUGGUUAUUGGGGCACAUAAUUCCAAUACUAAUGUGGACAAGAAAGUAAAUAAUGAUAAUGAAAAUUCUUCAGCUUACGGGAAAAUUACUGCACCCGUGUUUUUUCCUGAUCCUAUUCAUGAAUAUGUGGGUCAUAAGUCAGAUGUUCUGGAUUUAAGUUGGAGUAAAAACAAUUUUCUUUUAUCAUCCUCUAUGGAUAAAACAGUUCGUUUAUGGCAUGUUUCUCGAAAAGAAUGUCUUUGUUGUUUUGAACAUAACGAUUUUGUAACAUCAAUUGCCUUUCAUCCUCUAGAUGAUAGAUAUUUUCUUUCUGGAUCUUUAGACUGUAAGUUACGUUUUUGGAAUAUAAAAGAUAAAACUAUACUGUUUUGGAAUGAGUUACCAGAAUUAAUUACUGCUGUUGCAUUUUCUCCUGAUGGUCGUAUGGCUAUAGCAGGAAGUUUUAAUGGAUUAUGUAUAUUUUACGAAACAAAGGGUUUAAGAUAUCAUACUCAAAUUCAUGUUAAAAGUUCUCGAGGGAAAAAUUCAAAAGGAAGUAAAAUUACGGGAAUUGAGACAUUUAGUACUAUGCCUAAUAGUAAUGAUGAUGUUAAGCUAUUAAUUACUAGUAAUGACUCUCGUAUUCGGAUUUAUAAUAUGCGUGAUAAAAGUCUAGAAAUUAAACUUAAAGGUAGUCAAAAUACAUGUAGUCAGAUUCAUGCUACAUUUAGUGAUGAUGCUAAAUAUGUUAUAUCUGGUAGUGAAGAUGGACGAGUAUAUAUAUGGAAGUUAGAUACAGAUUUUAUUUUAAAAAAAAAUCAAAUAAGUUUAAAACAUUUUCAAGUUGAUUCUAAUAUUGUUACUGUUGCUAUAUUUGCACCCAUGAAAAGUAAAGACUUAUUAGCUGCUUCUGGUGAUUUGAUUUACAAUGCAUGUUUAGAUUUAAAACGUUCAUUUUCUUAUAAUAGUUCUACGUCUCCUAUUAUAUCGAACUUUCAAUUUGAAAAUCUUUUUUUAGAAGCUUCUAAAGGAAAUAAUCAAGAUAAUAUUAAUAAGAAUUCUGGACAUGAUCAUGGAGAUAUUAUUAUAUGUGCUGAUUAUACUGGAAAAAUAAAAGUGUUUAGGUAUAACUGUGCAUCUACAUAUCAGGAAAUAGAUACAAUAAGUGAGAUGUCUUCUAUAAAGAAGCAUAAUUUUUUUAAAUUGUUUAAGAAAAAUUAA